UGUUUUCAGUAAAUAGGAUACCGAUUGAUUUUUUUAGAGGCUUUUGCAAUGUGUUUGUUUUUAGUUUCUUAUUACUUGCCUUCUCUAGAGUGUCUUAAAAUGAACGUUCUGCCUUUUCGUUGAUUUGUUUCACAUAAGACAGUUCUCUUUGAAUUAUUUAAUUUUUUUAUCAUUUCAGUCUUUCAGAUAAGUAUUUUACUCUUUCUUUGCGUUAAAGUCAACGUGAUUCUUUGUGUUGUCUCUGUGUCUUUUAGGUUCAUCAUCAUGAAUGUUGAUAACGAUCCAGCUACGGAAGAAGAAGUCUUGAAUGCUCUGGUCACAAGUGCCCUGAACGAUCUUCAGCCUAGUAGGCGAACAAUUCUGCACCGAGAAUACAGAAGGAAAAAGCAGGUCCGUCAAGCGUUUGAUACAUUUCCUAGUUUCAAUGACGACGAGACGAACACAAAUGCUGUUUCGUGUGAAGAAGAAAGUAGUGGAAACGAAAGUGUAGAUGGCAGUGGUAUUGUUUUGGAAGAAGGAAAUGAAAUGUGGACCGAUCUACAACAAGAACUGUUUGGUGGAAUUGAACCGAAUGAAAACGACGAGGUUCCUCUCUAUCCCGGAUCCACCAUUUCUGCUCGUCAGUAUCACAAAAGCAUCAUCAACUUCUGCUCUGAAUCACGAUUAGACGAGAAGAAUACCACAAAAUUACUACGAUUAAUCGCAACAGCAUUGCCCUUAGGUCACAAUUUAGUUAAAACAACGGCUAAAUUGUAUAAUACAAUCGACAAUCGACCGUCGUUCGUCGAAAAAUUAUUAUGUUGUAAAUGUAUGUUUUCCAUUGCUUCUCAAAAUCGAUGUAGUACGUCUUGUGAGCUCAAUGGCAAACAACAUCUAGUGAAGGAUGUAAUUGAAUGGGUGAGAGCGACGGACUAUCAGCUUGAAGAAGUUAUUCGUCGUAAUAAAAAUCUGAUAAAAACGUAUCCUUCUUCGUCGACUCACUUCGUUCCUUGUGAUAUAAUUGCACAAGAAUUUUAUCAAAGAAAAUAUUCAGAUCUUCGUGACAUUGACGACAAUGUAUAUCCUGUCACGUUAUCACUUCAUCUGGACGGAGCCCCUAUCGUGAAGUGGAGCAAAAAACAGACUUGGCUUUUUUCUGCAUCUAUUGUCGAAAUUCCUCCACCUUUACGGGAUUAUACAACAAAUUUAAUUCUUCUUGGUUUUUGGAAUGCAGCAACAAAACCAGAUAUUGAUACUCUAUUGAUGGAAACGUGUAGCUCUUUAAAGAAAACAAUUGUCGUUGAUAGUGAUCAUUAUGUUGUUGAUGUUCAAUUAUUGAAGGCAGAUAGUCCAGCUCGUGCUUAUGCGUGUAAGCAUAUAUUACAUAAUGGAUACUGGUCGUGUUUAGAUUGUGACCAAAAAGGUUUGCGAGAUAAUGCAGCAAAUCUAAUGCUUUAUCCAUUUGAACAAGCACCAUCUAAUUUACGCACUGAUGAUGCGUACAAAAUCUGUGCUGCUUUAGUUAAACAACAGCAGAAACCGCUACUGGGAGUACAAGGAAUUAGUCCACUGGCACAAGUUCUAAACUGUCCAACUCAAGUAACUCUUGACGCAAUGCACUUGUGCUUUCUCGGUCACAUGAAACAGCUUUUGUCUCAUUGGCAAAAAGUUGUUUCAAAUGUUCUGUGGCAAAAAGGAGACGAUUUUUUGUCCAGUAUUCGUUCUCAAUUAACCUAUACGAAAUUGAAUAAUAUUACAUUAUCGGAUGCAAAAGGAGCAGACGUCGAUGAUGACGAUGAGUUUACUUUUCCACCAUUAACCAGUAAUAAACGUGUUGACUCUCUGCCAGUCGUACAGAAUUUGUUGCAAGCAAAAGAAAAUGUACAACAUAUGUAA